CAAUGGAAAAGUGGCACACAGGAAGUAAUCGCAGUUACGACGUCUAUCCGUUUCCUGGCUGCAUGCUGCCGACAGCAGAAGUUAUUAUUAUUAUGGCUCCCGGAGAAUUAAGGAUCCCUACCGAAGCGGAGGAUGGUAUUCUGAUUGGGGAUAAGCGUUACUCUGGUGUGGCUUUAACACUGGAUAACUGUCUUCUGUCCCCGGAGCGGCUGGAACGAAGUCCCUCGGCAGAGCAGGGACUUCCGCUAGAUACGGAGGAGCAGCUCAGGACUCAGGGCUGCGAGUUGAUACAGGCCGCGGGGAUACUGUUGAGAAUGCCGCAGGUUGCCAUGGCAACUGGGCAGAUUCUGUUCCAGAGGUUCUUUUAUUGCAAGUCCUUCAUCAGACAUUGUGUGGAGACCGUGGCCAUGGCCUGCGUCCAUCUGGCCUCCAAGAUUGAGGAGGAGCCGCGGAGGAUCCGGGACGUCCUCAACGUCUUCCACCGCCUGAAACACAACAAGGGGAGCAGGACGGUCGCGCCCCUCCCGCUGGAUGCUAACUACAUCAGAAUGAAGAGUCAGGUGAUCAGCGCCGAGAGAAGGGUCCUGAAGGAGCUGGGCUUCUGUGUGCACGUCAAACACCCGCACAAGAUCAUUGUGAUGUACCUGCAAGUGCUGGAGUGUGAGAAGAACGCUAAGCUGGUGCAGAUGGCAUGGAAUUACAUGAAUGACAGCCUCCGAACUGAUGUGUUCCUGAGGUUCAGCGCAGAGACCGUGGCCUGUGCCUGCAUCUACCUGUCUGCCCGCUCCCUCCAGAUCCCGCUGCCUGAUCAGCCCCCCUGGUUCUGGCUGUUCGGGGCCACCGAGGAGGAGCUGAGGGAGGUGUGCCACCGCAUCCUCAGGCUCUACACCCUGCCCCAGGUGCCCCUGCCCAAACUGCAGCAGCUGGUGGCCGAGUGCCGGCACGUCCUGGACGCCGCCCGCGUGAAGCCCGGACUGGGAGGGGCGCUUCUGUCCAUCAACGGCACCCCCACGCUGGACGGCCCCACUAGCUUCUCCCCCACGUCUAAGCCUGCGUCUCCGGCAGCCGCCCAGGUGACCCGCACGUCCCCCCUGUCUCAGGUGGCCCUGAAAAAAGCCUGCAGGAAGCUGAGCAACGGGGACGGCGGCCGCAGUGACGAGGAAGAGCUGACCGAUGCCCGCACACAGCGCAGUCGCAGCGUCUCCUCUCCCGCUCGCUCCCUCUCUCCCACCCAUCGCAGGAAGCAGCCUCCCGUGGGCCGGGAGAGAGAGCGGGAAAAAGAGAGGGAAAGGGAACGACGGCGGGAGAGGGAGCGAGACAGAGAGCGAGAGCGGGACAGAGGGAGGAAAGAGAAAUAUGCAGCACAUAGGAGAUUUUAAUGAUGAUGGUGAUGGUGAUGAUGAUGACGACGACGAUGAUGAUGAUGACGACAACGACAGCGACAAGGACAAAGGAGGAAGCAAUCCGAAACUACAGCUGGAAAAUAUUAUGGACCAAACUCCUUCAAGUGAGCCAUAUCUUGUAGUCCGUUUUAUAUUGUCAUGUUGUCUCAGCUGUUGUGACAGGAUAGACUAUCACUGGUUACUGGCACAACUGUGAACUGAAUAAAUAUUUUCAUUUUUUAUGAAAUAUGUACAAUACUGGUCUCCUGGCUACUGGUCGUGAAAGCCACGGAUGCCUACUUAAGAAGAGUUUGUUUGGGAGACGGGCCAUGGUAGAGCUUUGAACCUUGUUUUUCUUUUUGUAUUUUUUUUCUUUUCUUUUUUUUCAUUUGGAAAGAAAUGUGGGAGUCGGUUUUUUAAAAUAAAGAGGAUAAUUUUUCAAUGA